GGGGGAAACGCGUGUGUGUGAAUCAGAGGGAGGAGAUGCUGAACACUCAGACUCGCACACAUAUUGAUCAUUUAAAAGAGAUCCUCACACCUACAGCGAGAUCCUGCACUUCUCCCACAGAGACGAUGCUUGUUCAGGGAUGAGAAAAGCUUUAUCGCAGGUCUCGGUUCCGAGCAGAAGUUGUGGCUUUCUUCGGAGGUGUGUGUCGUCUUGCUCAUGCAAUAACAGUAUCAUGGCAGCCUUCAAGGGUGUGUGGACUCAGGAAUUCUGGCGAGCGGUUUCGGGGGAGUUUUUAGCCAUGAUGAUAUUUGUACUGCUCAGUUUGGGAUCCACUAUCAACUGGGCAGCAACACAGGAAACCCCUCUGCCUGCCGACCUCGUCCUCAUCUCUCUCUGCUUUGGUUUAUCCAUUGCAACCCUGGUCCAGUGUUUUGGGCACAUCAGCGGUGCCCACAUUAACCCGGCCAUCACUGCGGCAAUGGUUGCUACACGGAAGCUGAGUCUGGCAAAGGGUGUGUUUUAUUUGUUGGCACAGUGUCUGGGGGCAGUGGUGGGGGCGGCUAUCUUGUACGGAGUGACACCAGCAUCCGUGAGAGGAGGAAUGGGAGUGACUUCUGUCAAUGCUGAAAUCUCCACUGGUCAUGCAAUUGUGAUAGAGCUCAUAAUCACUUUUGAGCUCGUCUUCACUGUCUUUGCCACCUGUGACCCCAAACGCAACGAUCUCAAAGGUUCAGCAGCCCUGGCUAUUGGACUGUCAGUGUGCAUCGGCCAUCUGUUUGCUAUCCCGUACACUGGAGCCAGUAUGAAUCCAGCUCGCUCUUUUGGGCCUGCUGUCAUCAUGGCAAAAUGGCAGGACCAUUGGGUGUACUGGGUGGGCCCUUUAAUAGGGGGCAUCCUGGCUGCAGCUGUGUACGAAUAUCUAUUCUGUCCCGACCCUGACCUGAAGCGCCGCUAUGCUGACGUCCUCUCCAAGAGCCCCUUCCAAAUCGACCCGUAUCAAGUGGUGGACACAGAUUCGUACCCCAGCGAUCAAGCUCAGCUCAUGGCCAAGCAGGCAGCGAUCAGAGUGCUGGACCUGGAGAGGACACAGAAGAAGGAGAGGGAGUCUGCUGGAGAGGUGCUGUCGUCGGUAUGACUAGUGAGAGGCACUGAGGAGGAACAGCACAACACUUACAGCAUUAAUGAGCUCAAAGAGACAGAUCUGAUCUAGAGUCACACUGUGUGUUUGUGCACAGAUCCUCUACGGAAUGACUCACAACACUUGACUUUAAUCGUUAAGAACGAGCUACGAAUCGCCUAAUGGUCUCACUUAAAAUGCUCUUCCUUGUAAGCCAGUCACAGGCCAUAGAUCUCAUAUCCGAUAGAAUCCACUUUGAAGAUUUUAGUCAGUCACUGAACAUCCUUUAGCAGAUGCACCUCAUCAACUACUGAAUCGAUAACUAAAUGGAAUUCUCACAUCUAAGCAAAUGUAACGCUUUUGUUUGGUCUUCGGGUUAUUACCUGGCAAUCAGGGUUGAGAUUAGAUCAUCACCAUAAUAAUGCAGAUCAUUUUCCUUCUCAGUGCACUCUCUAUGAAUUAACCCCUUCUGUCCCCAUCUUCUCCCUUUUAAAUCUAAUGUUGCUUAGAGUAUUUCUAUAGCUUUUUUUUCUUUAAGGUUAUGAAUGUUGUAUCUUUCGAUGCUGCUGUCAGAAAUCUGUACAAAUGCAAUCCCUGAAUGAGUUUUAUUUUCUAUUUGAAUUGAAAAGGCAUGAUUUGUCUGCUUAUGAUUUUAGUUUUGUCUUCACCUUCUCCCAUUGAAAUCUAAUGUUGUAUUGAGUAUUUUUAUAUUUUAUGUCUGUCUUUAAGGCUAUUCAAGUAAUUUUUUUUAGCCCAAAAUGCAUAAUUUGUCCACCUGUGAUUUUACUUGUUAAAAUCACUCGUACUGUGUCCUUCCACCUUUACUUAUUCUCAUACUCUCGAGAAAACAUGUAAUCAAUG